CCGGCGGAGUUCGGUCGCGCGCGAGCGGCGAGAAGCAAGAAGAAGUUCCGCCCUGCGAUGAGGCUCCUUCUGGCCGGGGCCGCGCUGCUCUCAGCGGCCGCGUACUACGUCUACCUCCCGCUGCCCGGAGGGGUCUGCGAGCCCGUCAAGCUGAUGCUGCUGGACGCGCUGUUCCGGAGCUUCAUUCAGGCGGGCGACGUGGUUCACGCGCUGGGCGUGUGCCACCGGGUGCACCUGCUGAACCGGGUGGUGUCCUGGGUGGAGGAGGUGGAGGCUCGCUCCUGCUCCGCCGUGCACGUGACCGACUCCCAGCUGGGCGGCGUGCCCGCCCGAGUCUUCCAGCCGAAGGGGGGCCGGCGGCUGAAGAGGGGGGUCGUGUACUUCCACGGGGGGGGGUGGGCUCUGGGCAGCGGACGGAUGCGCUCAUAUGACCGUCUCUGCAGGAGAAUGGCGGAGGACCUGGACUCUGUGGUGGUGUCGGUGGACUACCGCCUGUCCCCGGAGGCGGUGUUUCCGGACCAGUACCACGACGCGGUGGCGGCGGCGCGGGCCUUCCUGUCAGCUCAGGUCCUGGAGCGCUACGGCGUGGACCCGCAGAGGCUGUGCGUGUCGGGGGACAGCGCCGGGGGGAACCUGGCCGCCGCGGUGGCCCAAGAGCUCGGCUCGGACCGCGGCCCGGCGCCGAGGUUCAAGCUGCAGGCGCUGAUCUACCCGGUGCUGCAGGCGCUGGACUUCCACACCCCGUCCUACCAGCAGAACCAGGCCGUGCCCAUCCUCCACCGGCCCCUCAUGGCCCGCUUCUGGCUGCAGUACCUGGGCGCCGACGCCUCCCUGGAGCCCCUCCUGCUCGCCAACAACCACAGCGCCCUGGACCAGCGCGCCAAGCUGGACUGGACCGCCCUGCUGCCGGCGGAGCGCAGGAAGCACUUCCGGCCCGUGGUGAGGGAAGGAGGCGCGGUGGCGGCGGCGGGCGCGUUGCCGGGGCUGACGGACCCCCGGGCGGCGCCGCUGCUGGCGGAGAGCGCCGUGCUGGGGGCGACGCCCAAAGCCUACGUGAUGACCUGCGAGUUCGACGUGCUGCGGGACGACGGGUUGAUGUACGCCAGGCGCCUGCGGGACGCCGGCGUGGCGGUGACCAGCGACCACUACGAGGACGGGUUCCACGGCUGCAUGGUGUUCGCCUUCCCGCCCGUGGCGUCCGCCGUCGGCCGGAGGAGCAUCAGCGGCUACAUCCGCUGGCUGGACCAGAACCUGUAGGCGGUCUGCAUGGUGGUUCCUCAUGGCGGUGAUCCGGGUUGGGGGGCGAGGGGGGGGGGGCAGACGAGCAGGUGCUUGGGUCUGCAACGUCAGAACAGAACCGAGAUCCAAAAGGCUCCGAUUCAAAGCUUUAAAAGUCCUAAGAACUCUGAUGUCACUUCCUGUUCCCCCCCCCCUCGCAUGUCCGUGUUCAUGUGACUCCCAGCUCAGUGACGUCAUGUGACUCCCAGGUCAGUGAAGUCAUGUGACUCCCAGGUCAGUGAAGUCAUGUGACCCGGUGGCCCAACGCCAGCGUCUCUCUUCACACAUUAUUUACUGGAAUAAUCCCAAAUCCAGGUUAAGAAUCCAGUGACACUUCCUCUCUGCAGGAAUUUCAGAACCAGAACACGUUUGAACAAAAGAAAGAGCGUUUAAUCCUAAUCUACGGGAUUAAAGCUUCAGUUUGAACGCUGAUUGUUGAGUUCGGAUUAUUUUAAUUUUUUUCGAAUGGUAAAAACCUGUCGGUUUAUUUGGGUUUUAAUAAAAAGGUCAAAAGGUGUUUCAAUCAUUAACAAAAUGAACAUGUAGACAAACCAAAGUUGAAGUUUCUCUGUGAAUUGUUGUUAUUUUCAUUCACAUUUAUAUUAGAGAAGCAGUAGAAAUAAAUCCAGAUUAAAACGUCAGAUCGGAUCUUUUAAAAUAAAGAAAACAAACUUCAGGUUAUUUUUUUAAACCAAAAAGGAAAAAAGAGCCACAAAUAUUCUUCUAAUGCGGAAACUCUCAGAGGAAGUUUAUCUUUUGUUCCUUUAAGAUGCACUGAGACACACACACACACACACACACACACACACACUAACCUUCACUGGCCUGUUUAGUGUGUGUGUGUGUGUGUGGUGAAGUAGGCCAGGGUUCACAGCUGUGUACACUCACUGGAUUGUGCAAUAUUGUAUGUUUGAAAGUGGCUCUGAAGAACGUGCUGUAGAGGAGGAAGAGGAGGAAGAGGAGGAUGAUGAUGACGCCCUCGCAGCUCGUUCAGUGUGAACAACACGGAAUAUUUCUAGUAAAGAUGAUGAAAUAUUUACAUAACAUGAAUUUUUUCACUGCAGAUGAACAAAAGUUUGAAUUUCUCUUUGACAUAAAAAUGUAAACGUGUGAUUAGUUUGAUCGAUCGAUUGAGUCACAUUUUGAAGAUCAAACAAUGAAAUGAUGAUCAGAGGAAAGAAUCAUAAUUCUGUGUUUUGAAAUGAACGUAGAAAUGUUAUUAGUCACUAACGGUCACAUGACCCCAUGAGAACAUUUCAUGCUGCGCGUGGUCAUGUGACCAGAUGUGGUUUGGACUCAGGAAUGAGAUGAAAUGUGAUUGAUGAUUCAUAGCUGGUGUCUCUACACACUGUAAGAUGUUCACUAUUCACUAUUUUGUGAUCUAUUUAUGAAAUUAAAGCUUUUAUGACCCAU